GCCGCUGCUUCCCGAGGCGGGCAGGGAGGAGUCGGCCGCGGCCCGGCCCUCGUCGCCCCGGCGGCCUCUCGCGAUGCCGCUGCAGGCCCUGCGAGAGCCGGCAGCGGGGGCCGCCGGUUGCUAAGGGCCGCCGCCGCCGCAAGAUGUCUCAAUUUACAAGUGAAGAUGAAGCUCUGUUGCAGUCUAUGCUUCGACAGUUGCUGCAAAGCGUGAAGGAAAAAAUCACAGGAGCCCCAUCAGUGGAAUGUGCAGAAGAGAUUCUCUUGCAUUUGGAGGAAACUGAUGAAAACUUUCACAACUAUGAAUUUGUGAAAUACCUUAGACAAUAUAUAAAUAAUACUCUGGGCUCUGUGAUUGAAGAAGAAACAGAAAAAUGUACUGCUGCUCAAAAUCAGGGUGAAGUAUCUGGCUAUGACACUUUUGUCCAACAUGUUACUAAGAAGACUCGUGAAUCAAAGGAAUACAGAGAAAUGAUGCAUGCCCUGAAGAACAUCAUGAUGGUUGUGGUAGAGUCUUUAAUUAAUAAGUUUGAAGAAGAUCAAAUGCGUAAUAAGGAGAUGGAUAGUAAAACAAAGAAAGAAUGUCAGAGUGGCUAUUAUACAGACAACUGUUCUGACAGUGACUCUUCAUUCAACCAAAGUUAUACAUUCAUGAGUCAAGAACAAUUGCAGCUGCUUGUAGAAAGACUUGACCCUAUUCAGCCUAAGGAAGUUCGCCAAGAAGCAUUGCAGACACUGUGCUUUGCCCCUCCCUCAGAUGUACUCAACUCUAAGAGUUGGCCAAAUCUGCGUAAGCAUCUAACGAUGUCUCUGUCAGAUCCUGAUGCAACAUUCAGUGAGAAAGUUCUUAGGUUUUAUGCAAGAACCUUUUCUUCAUCCCCAUUUAAUAAGACACGAGAAGUCUAUACAAGUUUAGCACAACACUUGGAAUUUUACUUUCUUUCCGGAGAAUACUCACUUCGUAUUUCAGCAGGUCUGGAUGUAUCUAAUGCAGACAUAAAUCAUUUACUUAGAAAGGUCCGUCUUUUAAAUGAGUACCAAAAGGAAGCUCCUUCUUCCUGGAUUCGUCAUCCUGAAAAGUAUAUGGAAGAAAUAGUGGAGAAUACCUUGUCGCUGUUGUCAGUAAAACAUGAUCCUAAUCAUCCUGACUCUCAAGACUUUUUGAGUCCAGUCUACUUUUUGGCUCUGCUAGAUAUCAAAGCUGUAUGGUUUAAAAAGUGGACGCAUGCAUAUUACAGCAGAACAGUGGUACUUAGGCUUUUGGAAAAGAAAUAUAAAUCCUUGAUUAACGCAGCUGUCCAGCAAUGUCUUGAUUAUUUUGAAUUUUGCAAGGCAGCAGUUAAUACAACUUCUAGAGUCAAUGACUUUUCCCAGCAGUAUUCUAGUGAUAAGCAGAAAUUUUCUUACACUGGACCAGAAUUGCAGUAUGUCUAUUUUGUUCAUUCGCUGUGCCUUUUAGGCAGAUUGUUGAUCUAUAAGCAAGGCCGAAGUCUCUUUCCAGUACAGCUGAAAAAUAAAAAAGAUUGUGUAUCCCUAACCGAUCUGUUGGUGUUAUUUACCCAGCUUAUUUAUUACUCUCCAAGUUAUUCAAAGACAACUUUGGCAGCGCAUACAGACAAUUAUUCUCCAGAAAGUCUUGUUAUGGAGAUUCUGCAAGUUUUUUGUGAUCAAACAGGUUGUGCUGCCGAAUUUUUAUAUACAGAUGCAGUGAUAGAUGCCCUACUUCAUCCUGUUCAAAGUUUACUGAGUGGUACAGAGGUAUAUAUAAAUUGCCUUGAAACCACUUUAAUUGAUGUAGCUGAUAUUUUGGCAAGGUUUGCUGCUGUAGAAGAAGGUCUUUCUAUUCUUCUUUAUGGAGGAAAUAAAAACUCUGCGAAAGAAGAUAGUCCUACAGCUGUUCAUGUAAUUGUUCAGUUUACAAAGAAACUUCUUCAUGACGGCAUUUCUCUUUUAUCUGGAUCCGAGCUUUUGCCAGUUGUUAAAGGAGCUUUCAUUUUUGUAUGUCGUCAGAUGUACAGAACAUGUGAAGGCCUGCAGAUGCUAAUUCCUUAUGGCUUGCAUGAAUCUAUUGGAGAGGCCUGGAAAAAGAUGAGCUUGCUUUCAGAAAGAGUACCAACUCCUGUAACGGGUGCAGACUCUACUUCAUCAAUAAGUCUAGAGUCAAAAAAUAUUUUAUUAUGGGAAGAAACUUUGCUGGAUGCCUUGUUAAAUUUUUCUGCCACACCAAAAGGACUCUUUCUGCUUCAUAGUACAGGGGCCAUGAAUGACUGUGUAAGCUUUAUGUUCAACAGUUUAUCAAAAAAACUCCAGACAAACGAAUGUGAAGAGUUUGGUAAUGGAGUGAUUAUUGCACAACUGGCAACAACACCAACAGGUGCAGUAGCUCUACAGAGUUCAGGGUUUAUAAAAGCCCUUGUAACUGAAUUAUGGACUCUUUUGGAGUGUGGAAAAGAUGAUGUGAGGAUAACUCAACCCAAAUCUACUCCAGUUGACCCUAUUGACCAAAGCUGUCAGAAGUCUUUUCUGUCUCUGAUAAACUUGCUCACUUAUCCUGCAGUUCUUGAGCUUCUGAGUAAACAUGAUAUACCAAAUAAACCAACGUAUUCACUCCGUGAAGUACCUACAGAUAUUAUCGAUAUCAUUGACAGGCUUAUUAUUUUGAAUUCAGAUGCUAAAAUUCAUUCCUUAUUCAGUUAUGAACAAUCACAUAUCUUUGGUUUGAGGUUGUUAAAUGUGCUUUGCUGUGAGCUUAAUACCCUUUUGUUCUUGGAGACUCGCUAUAAAGUGUCACAAGUUUUACUAACUGCUCAGGAAGAAAAUGUCACAGAAACUUCUGAAGGACCAGGAGAUAUUAUAAUUGAUGGCCUAUCAGUUGAGAGAAACCAUGUUCUUGUUAGGGUAUAUCUUAUUGGAGGACCACAGGAAAGGAUUUUGCCUCAGAGAGUACUAGAUAAGGGCAGUGAUCCAUAUCCUUGGCCAAUGUUUUCAUCGUUCCCUUUGCCAAAGUGCUAUCUUGCAAAAAUUCCUAGGAAAACUGAAUUCAGACAAGAUAAAGACCUUGACAAGCUGUUAUCACUCUUAAAAAAUCCAGAUAAACAAAGUGGGUGGGCAGAUAUUUGUAGAAGACAGUUCUGCAAAGUCAUGAAAGCCAGACCAGAUAUCAUCAGUGGAACAAUUUUGGCAGAAUUAAUUGAAAAGUUCGUGUCACAUCUUUCUGAAAGCCGAAUGGAUUGUUAUUUCAGCAGUGAAAGCUAUAAAGCCAUGGAUGCAGAUGUGAAGAAGGAAAGCCUUUCAUCUGUGCAGCAGCUUGGUGUUGAAAUGACAGUCAGAUAUGGAAAAUACCUGAACUUGCUAAAAGAACAUGCUGAAAAUGAUCUGUGCUACGUCUUAAUGAACUGUGAGCAAUUUCUGAAACAACAGCAGACAACUGUGGUAUCCUCACUUCACUGCUUGCAGGGACGCUAUGCUGGCUAUGACUGGUUUGCAUCUUCUGUGUUCCUCAUAAUGUCAGGGGACAGGGAGAAGACUCUAAUGUUUCUUCAGCAAUUUUCUCGUCUUCUUGUUUCAGCAUUUCUCUGGCUACCAAGACUGCAUGUGUCUGUGCACCUGCCUAUUACCACAGUGGAAUCUGGCAUCCAUCCAGUCUAUUUCUGCAGUGCACACUAUGUUGAGAUGUUGAUGAAAGCUGAGUUACCACUUGUCUCCUCUGCCUUCCAUAUGGCUGGUUUUUCUCCGUCCCAGAUUUGUCUGCAAUGGAUAACUCAGUGUUUCUGGAAUUACAUGGACUGGAGUGAGAUUUGUCAUUACAUUGCUACAUGUAUUUUCUUUGGUCCUGAUUAUCAGGUAUAUAUGUGUAUUUCUGUGUUCAGACACCUACAGCAAGACAUCCUGAAGCACACUGAAGCCCAAGAUCUUCAGGUUUUUCUUAAAGAAGAAGCACUCCAUGGAUUUCGCGUGAGUGAUUAUCUAGAAUACAUGGAAAGCCUGGAGCUGAUCUACAGACCAGUGCUGUUGAAAGACAUGAAGAACAUCAGAGUACAGAAUACUACGCUACCAUGAUCAAGCAAGAUAGAUUUUUCCCAGUUUUGGUUGCAUUCUUUAAAAGAAUGCGGAUUAUUUGAUAUAUCAAUCUGCAUUAAUAUAAGUCAGGCUGUGUAAAUGUAUAUACUGUAAAAUAAAUAAGGAGGGUUUUCAGAAUAUAGUUUUUGCAAAAGGACUUCACUUAAAUUGGAUGACUUACAGUAAUCAUAUUUUCCCAGACAGGCUAUAUGCGUAGCCUCAUUUUUAUCUGAGAGAAAGCAGCUUCAGAAAUCACCUGUAGAUUGUUAGAAGUGUCUUCCUUAAAAUGCACAGAACCUGUUUCCAAAUCAAUUCAUUAUGUCAUAUCCUUGUAGCACAGUCCUAAAAACUUCAUAUAUUCUAAGGGUCUGACAAAGUGAUUUUUCUUAGAAGCAACUGUUAGUAUGCAUUCAUAUGCAUGAGAACUGAACAAAUGAAAAAUAAGUUCUCUGUACACAGCCGUUCUGACUUUGUCGAUAAGGUUGAGAAAAGAGUGAUCAAAUGCAUGCAAUGAAACAAGACUGAUAUUUCCAUGUUUUUGUUGUUGUUCUUUUUUUUUUUUUUUUUAAAUAAAUCAUUUUAUGUUGUAAAACAUCUAUUUGUAACAUAUAACUCUGGUAUGCAUAAAUGAAUGAGAAGUCCCUAAGCAGCCUGCUUUUCAUAUCUCUGAAAAUAAUCAUCUUUAAAGAUUUUGAUUUCAUUCAAACAGGGAAACACUGAUAUAAAGUUUCAUCUACACUUCCCUUUCAUCAUCAGUGAAAUGCAAGAAUUAAGGCUGCUAGAAUUAAAGCUGUGUUUUCUAACACUGGUGCAAUGUAGUUAAAAGUUUAAAGCUGCUGAAGUCAAUUGAAAUGCCCAAUUUCAGAGGAAACGUUUUCUUGAAGAGUACUGUAUCCCAUUUGCUCUAGGAUAGAUUUUAGAUGUCAGUGGGCAGCUGAGUAAAUAUUCUAACAGCUUUCUUCUCUAUAUUACAUUAUAUAACUGUUAAAUAGAUAUCUAAUCCAGGGAACAAAAAAAAAAAAGUAAGACAGAGCAAGUUUCUUUGCAAAUACUCAAUACUAACCAUAGUGGUCACUGUAGACGUUAUGUCUCAUUUCUUUUCUUACUCCCUCAAACAGUGAAAAAGUUAAUAAAGCACAUCCUAGCAAUCACCAGCCAAGCUGAAGCUUCCUCUCCUGACUUUCCUCACACCUCCACAAUAUCUGGAGAGUGCUUGUUCUUGUCACUUUGCAAGAAUUUUACUUGCUCAGUUCUGUAUUUUGGUGGGCUCCUCCGUUUAGGGUUUUUCAUCUGUGCUUUCCUCAGUAAUAGCAGCGGUGUUGCUAAAAUACCCAUUCAUCUGCCGAGGUAGUUUAUCAUUAUGACAUCUGAUCAUCUAUGACUUUGUUCUAAAGGCUGCGUUUGUGUUUUGCAAUUAUUUCACAAAUCUGGUGGUCUGGCAAUUCACUCUGCUUUAGGCAUUAUACUUUAUAAAUACCAGUAGUAUAUCAUACCACUCUAUAUUGACUUGCUUAGGCUAAUAUGCAGUGCCACUUUCUAUGUAGCAUUUUAUUCUUUCUGGGGUUGUUCAAGGGUAAUAUCUAAUACAGGGCAUCUUCACACUGGUGGAUGUUGGGAAGAAGCAGGUAAAGAAAGGCUGUUCUGUUUAGGAAAUUUCUACUAUAAUGGUUUCUGGAGUGUCCAAAUGUGAUAUACCAUGGGAGACAAAAGGAAGAAAGAGGUGAGAACUAUCAUAACAGAGCCAGCUGUCAUCAAACCAAGUGUUCAGGAGUCACACUGGGAUUCAGAACAUGCUGCAUUAGCUGUGGAACUGGUUUUAAAUGCUACGUUCAUUUCAGAACAUUUGGAUAUCCUUUUACACUGGUGCAGGGCACCCAUCUUUUCUGAAAGUGACCUGAAAUACAACUAGAUGACGUUUUCUAGAUUGUCUAUUAAUAAUUUUAUAUUAGAGCUAUACAUAAAAAGGCCAAAAGGCCUCUGGAUAGGUUUUAAAACUGGUGCAUAACUACUCAUGCUACUAUUCGCAAAUGAGUCAUAUUCCUGUAGUAUGAGUUGGCUCCCUAGCAGUUGAUUAGGCAAUGCCUAUCAUUUUAUCUUCCUGGUUAGAGGUGGGAAGCAGCCUGCUUUCAAAAGUAUCAUAGUCAGUAGGCAAGUCUUGGAUGAAAGUUGACUUAAUGGAAUAACCAACUAAUGGCUUUA